GAGCGAGUACGUUUUGGAACCCUUGGCCUAUCUCUAUACUUAAGGGCUCGGGUGCUCUUCUCAUUUAUUGCGUCCUUCACUGCCAACAUGAUCCUCGGCUCCUUUUCAAGGGGGAAAUUAUAGGUCAAGGAUCAUGUGCAUCCGAAGAAUGCAACUCGGUAUUAACCUUUAAUGGUGUACAGAUGUAGUUUCCAAUACGGACUACAUCGAGAAUCAUAUUGUUGGCCCCAACUACACAUCCUCGAGUUCCAGUGGUGAAGAUGCGGAUGUCAUUUCAGAAGAUUCCUCAAACAUCACUGUCAAAGAUGCUGCGAAUCAGGCGAACAAAAGCGCAGUCGAUGUGCAAGUUCAAGAUAGGGUUGCGAAAAAGCGAGAAAAUAAUUUAUGAAAAAACAAGAUCUGAACCUGAAUUCUGAAAAUCAAUUACUUUGAUUUCCACCGAUGAAGGUAGAGGAUCUCGUCUUACUCAUCCCCAAGAUAAACAGUCAAUCCCUCAUGACAUAUCCUAGAAGAAAUAGACACGUAAACACGCAAUUACCCCAAUCAUGCUAGUAUUUCGCUUUACCACGCCCAUCCCGAUCCCCAUUCUCCGUUCAUUUCUUGCCUCGACCAUAGCAAGCGCCGGUCUCAAUGUUUUACACGUGGUGGUGUUGGCAUUUGACACCUUGGAUCAGGGUGUUCGGGAGAGUAAACGGCGUGUAGUUCGCACUUCCUCCAGCUCGCCGAAUAAGGAGAAGGCUAAUAGAGGUUAUCUGGAUGCUGGAGUUAAGGAGAGCAGUUGUUCUUCUGUUACACUCACACAAAUAAGACUUAUAUUGCUUUAUAAGAGGCACCCGCACCAUGGUACGACAUGACGUUCAGGAGACUUUGACUUGUUCCGUUACAUCUUAGAUUUGACAUUUGUGUCCAACACAUUCACUUUCAUGUGUACAUCGCAUUCACAUUCAUAGUUAUCGUCUCUAAUCACCGAACUCCUCGCAUCAUUUACGGCGGCGGCACAACACCAACGGGC